GACUGAUGCCCCUGCUCAAUGGUGUGAUUUUGACAGUUGACAGUUUUUAGUUUGUUGAUUUUGUGUUGAAAUUAAUUUGAAAAUUUCAAUAAUUGUGUCCAAUUUGGGCAAUUAAGAGAUUCUCGAGUAUCUCAGCUGUGGAAAAUGUUAGCGUUGCAAGAUUACGGCGACAGUGACGAAGAAGAGGUUAAGUCUGUGGACCCCGAUCCCGAAUUUUCGGUCAAAAACAAGUUACAAGUGUGUGCGGCCCCUGUUGUGUUACCCACGGGGUCCGAAGAAUGCAUUCAACACGUUGACCCCAACGCCCAAGAAGUGACAUUCAACCCAAAAUACGAGGAGUUGUUCUCGCCCAUGGUGGGUCCUGAGAACCCUUUCAAAACCCAACAACAACAAUGUACCAGAAACAUACUUUCAGGCUACGUUGAACCAGCUUAUGUAAAUGAGUUUCAAUUCGAGAACCAAAGACGGACGUUUAAUAGUUUUGGUUACGCACUGGACCCCACUGUGGGUAGUGCCGCCGAAGGCACGAAAGUUGUCACGACGACUGGUCAAUGUGACGAUAUUAAUCCCGAAGCUAAGACAGUUUUCGAAUCAACAAAACUGAGGCCUUUAGACAAGAGAAAAAGAAAGAAGAAUAAUGACCCUAGCGAUAUUGAGGGGUUUUUGGGGCCUUGGGGCGGCUUUGUGGACGAACAAAGGGUUAUGAAGCCUUCAGAAGAGGAAGCAGCAGAGUUGGAUGAAUUAUUGUCUAAAAAGAACAAAAAGGGGAAACCUUCAGAGGACAAACCAAUCGAAGAAAAAUCGAUACUACACAUUCCAGAUGCUGUUGAUUAUCAAGGCAGGAGUUUUCUACACCCCCCUCAGGAUGUUGGUGUCAAUUUGAAAUCAGACAGCCCCCCGGAGAAGUGUUUCCUACCGAAAGCACAUAUUCACACCUGGACGGGGCACUCGAAAGGAAUUGCGGCCAUUCGGUGGUUCCCCCGAACGGCACAUUUAUUACUGUCGGCUAGCAUGGAUUGCAGAAUUAAGUUAUGGGAAGUUUAUAAUGAGAGGAGAUUAGUUCGCACCUACUAUGGCCACAAGCAAGCUGUUCGGGAUAUUUGUUUCAACAAUUCGGGAAAAUUGUUUCUUUCAGCUGGUUACGACAGGUACAUCAAAUUGUGGGAUACUGAGACUGGUCAAGUCGUUAAAAGAUUUUCAAGCCGGAAAAUCCCCUAUUGUGUCAAAUUUAACCCUGAUAAGAACAAACAACACCUCUUUGUUGCUGGAACUUCCGAUAAAAAAAUUAUUUGUUGGGAUACAAGGUCUGGCGAUAUUGUGCAAGAGUAUGACCGCCAUCUAGGAGCCGUUAACUCAAUCACGUUCGUCGACGACAAUCGCCGAUUUGUCACGACUUCUGACGACAAAAGUUUGAGAGUUUGGGAGUGGGACAUCCCCGUAGAUAUGAAAUAUAUAGCAGAUCCGACUAUGCACAGUAUGCCUGCUGUUACAUCGGCUCCUAAUGGAAAAUGGUUGGCGUGUCAAAGCAUGGAUAACAAAAUUGUCAUUUUCUCGGCAUUAAAUCGGUUCAAAAUCAAUAGAAAAAAGACGUUUACAGGGCAUAUGGUGGCCGGGUAUGCCUGCACGCUUGAUUUUUCGCCAGAUUUGAGUUAUUUAGUAUCGGGUGACGCCGAUGGCAAGUGUUACAUUUGGGAUUGGAAAACCACAAAAUUGUAUAAAAAAUGGAAAGCACACGAUAAUGUUUGUAUCAGUGUGUUAUGGCAUCCACACGAGCCGAGUAAGUUAGUGACAGCAGGGUGGGACGGACUUAUCAAAUACUGGGAUUAAGUUUUAAGAAAUUGUAAUUUUACGCCAAAUAAAUAUUUUAAUUAGG